AACAUCCGGUAGGUACGAUGAGAAGAGUAGUGCCGGGCCUGUUGGUUUUCUAAUUGUGACAUUUCAGGCAUUAAUUUUGACGGAUCUGCAGAUAUUGGUAUAUGCAUUGAAAUUCAUUGUCAGGGUUCGCCAAAAAGCAACGUAAACUCAAUAGUUCCGUCAUUAUUUCACAAGAACAACUAGCCCAACCAGGUUAAGUAUGUUGUGUAAGCUAACAGUGCUCGCUCUACAAUGGAUUCUGGUAUCAGGGACUUAUAUAUCACAUGAAUUAUAAGUCUCUGACUGUAUAUAUAAUAAUCAAAUGUGCUACUAGCGCAUGUAAGAACACAUGUUGUUGGAAUGUUACAGAAAAAAAAGAUAAAAUGUCUGUUGGGUUUGCUAGCUCAGUAGCUGUCUGCAUGCACGGUUGAGCAACGGCCGGGUAUCGGUUUAAUUUAUUCUCGAAGGCUGGGCGGAUCUGGUUGUUGAUAUUCCUGAAUUUUCAUUGUAUGCGCAUGCUUGUUCAUACAAUGGCUGACACAGACGACCUACAUGUGAGUGUGGUCCUGCCUGCUGGGGGAACUGGGGAGCGUUUUGGGAGCUCCACGCCAAAACAGUUUUGUCCGGUGUUAGAUAGACCCAUCAUCCUUUACACGAUCCAGAACUUUCACACACUGAGUUAUGUGAAGCACAUUGCUGUGGUGGUGUCUCAGCCCUACAUUGACUAUAUGGAGGAACUGGUGGAGAGCCAUUGUUACAACAAAGUGAUGGUGGUCAGAGGAGCUCACACACGUCACAGAUCUAUAUACAAUGGUGUAAAGUCCCUUAAAUCAGUGUUGGAGCCUUCUGAUGUGGUGAUAAUACAUGAUGCUGUACGCCUAUUUGUUGGUGAGAGUAUAAUACAUGAAGUAGCCAAGGCUGCCAAGGAAACCGGGGCAGCAGGUGUUCACCGUCCGCUGAUUUCAACAGUGAUCGCAUCUGAUGGAUGUGGCUACCUUGAGGAGUCACUGGACCGAAUCAAAUAUCGGGCCAGCGAGAUGCCACAAGGAUUCAUCUUCUCUGUUAUUCUAUCUGCAUACGAAAAGGCCACAGAUGACGAUUUUGACUUUGGUACAGAAUGUCUCCAUCUUGCAUUGAAAUAUGCUGGCACAAAGGCUAGACUUGUAGAAGGCCCUACUAAUCUUUGGAAGGUAACGUUAAGAAAAGACAUCUAUGCUGCAGAAGGGAUUCUAAAAGAAAAUGAGAUGCAUGUUCAAGUGGCCGGAUGCUGUGAUACAGAACUUGUCACAUGUCUACAAAGGGACUUGGGGGCUCGGCACCUUAAGGUGGCGGUGUGCGAUUCCCAGGAAACAUGUGAUCUUGUUGACACAAACUGUACCGUAUACUACCACACUCAGUUUGACUGUGAUGCUAUCACAAAAUACACAGAAAAUCUUAUCAAGGAACAGAAGAAGGAUUGUCAUGUCCAUUUAAGACCAUUCAUGGAUAAGGUGAUAGUUCAUGUGAUCAUGGUGGGAGAUGUGAUGGACUGCUGUAGAAAUGUGAGAGAAGUCGUGCAGGGAAAUAGUAAAUGUUGGAGGAAGAAGAAUCUGCUGGUAUAUUUUGUUUUGAGUGAGCUGAAAACAAAGAUGGCUGUUGUAUCAGAAAUGGUGGCAAGUGUUAUAUGGACAAGAGACCCUGUAAUGCAUGGACAGACAUAUAUGGCCUUGGACUUGUGACAGCCAGAUCUGAAUGGAAUAUAAAAUUAUCUCGAUGAAUAAGGACACUGUGAUGUCAGAGGUAUCUAUGGACUGCCCACCUCAGUGUCAACAUUGACAGUGUGAUGUCAGAGGUACCUGUGGACUGCCCACCUCAGUGUCAACAUGGACAGUGUGAUGUCAGAGGUACCUGUGGACUGCCCACCUCAGUGUCAACAUGGACAGUGUGAUGUCAGAGGUACCUAUGGACUGCCCACCUCAGUGUCAACAUUGACAGUGUGAUGUCAGAGGUACCUGUGGACUGCCCACCUCAGUGUUAACAUGGACAGUGUGGUGUCAGAGGUACCUGUGGACUGCCCACCUCAGUGUCAACAUUGACAGUGUGGUGUCAGAGGUACCUGUGGACUGCCCACCUCAGUGUCAACAUGGACAGUGUGGUGUCAGAGGUACCUGUGGACUGCCCACCUCAGUGUCAACAUGGACAGUGUGGUGUCAGAGGUACCUAUGGACUGCCCACCUCAGUGUCAACAUGGACAGUGUGAUGUCAGAGGUACCUAUGGACAAUGGACAUGUGAUGUCAGAGGUACCUAUGGACUGCCCACCUUUGUCAACAUGGACACUGAUAUAGAGAAAAACCUAAUGACCUACCUGGUGUGGACACAAGACAUUUAAGAUGACCAGAUGGACGUUCAGGGUGUUUGUCUGUACAGAGACCUUGGGAACACUGAACUUGUUACCUAUCUGAUCAUGAACUGUCCAACCUCACUUUAUAGAGUUUUUUUAUUUUCAUUUUAUUUUUUAAUACCGUAAAUAUUCGCGUAUAGUGCACACUUUUUUUCAAAAAUUGACAAGUGAAAAAGACCACUGCGCACUAUACGCAAGUACAAGUGUAACACUGGAAAAUACUAGUCGCAAUAUACCGCUCGGCUAGAGAGAUCUUCUCCUUUUUAUUAAUAUUUUUUUUCACAUAAUAUUUACAUGGUACAAAAAGACAAUGUUCAUAUACACUUGCAUACACAUACUACAGUCGAACCUGUGUAUAAAGGACACUUAAGGGACAAGGCAAAAGUGUCCUUUAUAGUGAUGUGUCCUUUAUAUAGAGGUUCAACAAUUUAUGUCUAUAUCAGUACUGGAAUCUCUUUUAAUCAGUAAUUGUAUUGUUCAUGUACAUUUGCCUUCAAAAGUAGCAUAGCAUACGUAAUUUAAAUCCCUUAUUUCCAAUUUGAUGAUAAAAAUCGUAAGGUAGUGAAAACUUGAUCUGGUGUCUAUUGAUAAACUAGGUUGUGAAAAAGCCUCCAUUAUUGGAGGAAUAGUCUGUUUGCGAUUUAUAUUUAUCAAUAUUGUAAUAAUUCUCAAUGAUCCUUUUUACAUUUCUAACAGAAGUUGGUCACUUUUAUAAUGAAUUCCAAAACCUUAUGAUAAUUUUUUGAAAGAAUUGAAAAACACAUUUUUAAAUUGAUAUGGAACAUGACAAAAAUUCUUGAAAUUAACCUGGAUACGUAGAAUUACCAACUCUGAUGUCAAUUGGACAAUUAUUGACAGAUGUAUGUGCCACGGAUAUCAACAAGUUGUUAGUCUUGGGGGACAAUUAUUAUAUAAACCUAUAACAGAAAUAUAACAAUCGAUUCUGGAAGGUAGAAUUUUUAACCUAUGAAGAAUAUAUUGGAAAAAUUGAGGUUAAGAUAAGUGAUCUAAUGAUAUGCUGGUUUGGUAUAAUACACGUAUCAAGGUGAAUAAUGCUCCAGUAUUCUAUCACACCUGGUUUAAUAAAGAAGAAAGAUACUUGUCAGAUUUGAUUUGAAAAAAUGAAAACUUUCUAUUCAUAUGAAAUUUUUGACAAAACAUAAGACUUUUCCCCACCACAAUACACUUUUUUAUGGUUUGAGACGAGCUGUUAGAAUGAUAUGGUCUAGAUCUGGGUUUAGUCAAAACCUCACCAUUGUUGACACUGUUCAUCCUUUUAUAGCAAUUUAUAUAAAAAAAACUUUCAUUAGAAAUUAAAAAGGCUUUUGGGAUGUGCAACAUUUUUAUUUCUAAUAUCAAAUUUAAUACAAGGAACAUUGAAAAAUGGUUCAAUGCAUUAGAAAUCAGUUAAGUUGAACUUAAAUUACUACAAAUAACAGUGUUUAAAACAACAAAUGAUGUUUCUUUGAGAUGGCUACAGUACAGAUUUGCACACAGAAUACUAGCAAACAACAAUUACCUUACAAAAAUUAAUAUACUUGGUGAUUCUACCUGUACUUUUUGUAAACAAGAAGAUAAAACACUUACAUGUACAUAUACUCUGUGACUGUGAACAUGUUGAAAGGUUGUGGAUAUUACAUGUACAUUGUACUUGAAAACUGGAUAUUUGACAAAACUACAAUAUAUCUAAAUCUGCCCAAAAACAUAUACUGUUUGGAAAACCAGGUAAACAAUAUGACAUACAAUCCUUAUACUAAUUGUUAAACAAUAUAUUUAUGUUGAUAGAGUUGCUCAAACAACAAGAGGAGAGACUUGUGGGAUCCUGAAGAUGUUGUUCAUAAAACUAUUGUUAUAUAUAGACUUCAUUAAUUUUCAGUGCUGCUGCUAGGGAUCAAAUCCAGGACAUCUGGUUUACUAAUGCUCUGCUGGAUGAGCUAAAGAGAAAAUCUCCUAUUAUAAAUAGGUCUUUUACCACUGAAAUAAAUAUCAUAUUUUAAAUAUUGUCAAUAUUUUUCUACUGUGACAAAUAAAUAUUUUCUAUUUUCACUCCAAAUUGACUGAUCACAGAGAAUGAUUUAGUGUGACAUAACUGAUACACAAAAGCCAAGUAACCAGAUGUUGUCUUAUUAAUAACAUAACUUGUCUCGACAUUUUCAGUGGAAGAUGGAUUAUCUGUUUAUGAAAGCUCAUAGCAUUUAAAAGAAAACAUAAAUAAAUAAAAUAUUCUUCUUUUAAUUAAAUUUUUCAUAUGUAUUUUACUUCUAGUACAUGUAUAUGUUCAUGAAAAUAUCAAAGUGUUCACCUCAUAUUAGGUGAAAUAUAACUUAUUUGUCACGAAUCAAGUUCAGUUUUUUAAUGUGACUUGUCCAGCAUAAAUCACCACAGACCUAUACCCCCUUGAAAGUCUUCAACAAUGAUGACUAGACUAGAAAACAAGACCAAAAGUUCUGUUCUGUUGAAUGUACAGCUCUGGAUAUAAUUUAGAUUGCAUUAACUGAAACAGUAUAAUUGAUAGUCACUUUAAAAAACACUUGUUUCAGCAAUAUGUAAAUUAGACCAAAACAAUCAUCAAAUUGUCAUUUACUCAUGAUUUGUAUUUUAUAGAUUGUGACAGUACAUAUAAUAUGUGUAAAGGAUGGUGCAAUCUCAUUGUUUGUGAGGGACACAAAGGUUGUGAAUACUCAUUAUUUAAUCAUGGAGCGAUGUAAACAUUUCUUCUCGUCAAAGUAACUGGCACUUUGGUUUAUUCGCAGGAUGUUUAUUUACUUGAUGACAUAAACUAAGCAAUGUGUAUUUGGGAGAAUUUGGCUGUUUAUCACAUGGUUUUAUCAUGCUUAUUGCAGAGAAAAACAAGUCUUAUCUGUGUAAUAUCUCUUUGUAUAAUUAAUGCACUUUUAUGUUGUAGAUCAAAAUAUUUUUAUAUUUACGCCAUAUUUUCGAAGUUAAUAUUUUUAUGGCCCGAUAUAUCCAUGGUACUGGUAUCGUGCAAUAUUUGCAUAUACAUGUAAUGAGGUUUUUAAUUAAAUAUUAAUCUCGGAUU